AUGAGCACGACGCAACACCUAGGCGUGGCCCUCUGCUACGACACACCCCGCCUCCAGUUCUACAACUCGGCAUGCCACACGGUGUCCCCACUAGGCAACUACGGCAAAUACGUGACCGGCGUGUCCCGGCGGUUCAACUGCUUCGGCGCCGCCAUGGGGUUCUUCUACGACAAGCUCGUCGCCGGAGGCGAGACCAACGCGUGCGUCUGCACCUUUUACAGCCCCGACGGCGGCGAUACCGUGCCGUGGGAGUUCGUCACGCAUUACGGGCCCUGCAACGGCGCGUGUGUCUCCCAGACGUUCACCUGUAAUGGGUUGAAGCCUGUGCCUCACAACGGCGUGGAAGAGAAGGUCAAGAGGGAGGACAACCUCCUAUCUGCCGACGAGAGCGUUUACGAAGAGCAGCAUCUCUCUGGUUUGGCCAAAAGGAGCGAAGCCGACACGGCCACGGCCGCUUCUUCUGGGGCUGCUCUGCUUGAAGUUGCUGGUGCUGUCAAUUGGAAGGCGGCGGUGUUUGUCGCGACGAUAAUCUUGUGUAAUGCAUUUUUAUGA